AUGUCUUGGGAACUCACACGGCGUCGCAUUUCUCGAGCAGUCAAUAGCAAAUUCAUAUUCGACCGCAUCCCUCUUCUUCAUGCUGUUAUAUUCUUUAUCGAGAUGGUUAUCGUCGCGCGCUUGGUGUCGCGUUUUAACGCCUACUACGAUGAACGGCCAGUCCUUACAAUGAUGGUGACGAACGCUGUCCUUGGAGGUAUUGCCGAUACCGUAGCGCAGACGAUCACAUCUGUCCGAGAACGAGCCCUGCGAAAGCCCGGCGGCGUUACAAAAGACGAUACCGUAGCGAUCGAGAUCCACGAGUUGGAUCGCAAGAACCCUUGGAACGAACGGGACCUGAUUCCGGAUUCUAAGAUUCUCCCACCUCCCUUCGACUUCGAGCGACUGACGAGAUUCAUGGCUUACGGUUUCGGCAUGGCUCCUCUCCAAUAUAAGUGGUUUAGCUUUCUCUCACGGGCGUUUCCCAUUACGAAGACGAGCGCAUUCGCUCCGGCGAUGAAACGAGUUGCUUUUGACCAGUUGAUCUUUGCUCCAUUCGGUAUCGCUUGUUUCUUUACAGUCAUGACUGUAGCAGAGGGGGGUGGCCGUAGGGCGGUUGCUCAUAAGCUCAGGGACAUGUACAUUCCAACUCUGAAGGCGAACUUCAUGAUUUGGCCUGCCGUACAGGUCAUCAACUUUAGGCUAAUGCCUGUUCAGUUCCAGCUACCUUUCGUCUCUACCAUCGGCAUUGCUUGGACCGCAUAUCUUUCAUUAACGAAUGCUGCUGAGGAGGCUGAGCAAAAGACCGCCCCUUACUCACCUAACAUUCGUCUUUAG